AUGGGUCCGCUUGUCGAUCACCUUGGCGUUCCGGCGGGGGGGUUAAAGUAUGCUGGGAAAAGCUGCCGAGAAAAGCCCGGACCUCGCGAAGAUGGGAGGGUAAUACGCGUCAACUCCGGGUCACACUACAAUGACGCAUGCUGUUUUGACUACGAUAACGCAGAAACUAAUGGCCACGAUACCCGUAACGGCCACAUGGAGGCUAUUUAUCAUGGAAAUUGCGACGUCUGGGGAACUUGUAGUGGCAGUGGUCCUUGGGUUACGGCCGACCUUGAAAAUGGACUAUUACCCGGCGAAAAUACUGGCGAAAAUUCAGCGGACCCAUCGAUAUACUACCGCUUUGUCACUACGAUGCUUAAGGGCGAGUCGAGCCAGUGGGCGAUCCGGGGUGCAAACACUGUUUCUGACUCGCUCAUGACAUAUUGUGAUGGAGAGUGGCCGGACGCGGAUGGCUACAACCCUAUGAGUAAAGAGGGUGCUCUGAUUUUGGGCAUUGGCGGUGACAACAGCAAUGGUGCACAGGGGACAUUCUACAAGGGCGUGAUAACCUCUGGAUAUCCGGAUAAUGAUACAGAAGACAAAGUGCAAGCUGAUAUAGUCGAUGCUGGAUACGCAACUACAUCGCUGACUAGCGGCCCGGAGUUGGCCAUAGAUGAAUCAAUCUCGCUACCGGUCACAACUAUGAUUGCUUCUGUCGACACUCCUGGUAGCUAUAUUUGGCACUCUGGCUUUGAGCUUUACCUGGGUGCGCUGGAAGAUACGCAGCUAUUCUAUGAGGACGCCACCUUUUGUCCACUGACUGCACUUAGCGGCUCGGGCAACUCUAUUCGAUCCUGGAGCUAUCCCACUCGCUAUAUUCGUCACUACAACAUCCUGGGCUACAUCGCGAGCAACGGUGGUGUUCACACGUUUGAAUCUGCUUCAUCUUUCAAUGCUGAUGCGAGCUGGCUGAUUACAAGUGGCUUCGCUUCUUGA